UGACGUACUAUUUAUUGAGAAUUACGUGGGCCCGCACGAGAGCCCAUCCAGGCAUCCACCUCCAUCCCAACUCUCCCAUUUCUUAUAUUUGCUUUUCCUGCGUCUCCGAUUCUCGCUCGUCCCCUCCAUCAACGAGUUAGUCUUGAGUCAUGGCCGAGAUUGAGCUGAAAACAGCACCUGCUGAUUUUCGAUUUCCCACAACAAAUCAAACUAGGCACUGUUUCACGCGAUACAUUGAGUUUCAUAGGUGCGUUGCAGCAAGGGGUGAAGAAUCUAAUGAGUGUGAGAAAUUUGCCAAAUAUUACCGCUCCCUCUGCCCCGGUGAAUGGGUGAGUACAUUGAUUGAGAAGUGGGAGGAGCAGAGGGCGGAAGGAACUUUCCCAGGUCCUCUAUAAUUCAACGUGAGAAUCUCUGGCAUGAUCUUUCUUUGUCAUGGAAGUUGCAUGGUUUCAUUGUUGGAUCGUUGUGAAUCAAUAAGUGACCUGUGUGUUCAGAUUUCUUUAAUUUUAUUUAAAUCACCAUAUUGUUUGUUUUAAUUGAAGGUUCGUUGUUGCCAAAAAUGGUUCUGUGUAUACUCACCCUUCCAGGGUUCCCCCCGCCCCCCAAAAAAAAAAGUGUUUCUUACUACA